CCGGCCCGGGAAGUGCGACGUGUCUGCGGCCCUUUUAAACGUCCCGCAGCCGCGGCCGGCGCCCAGGUCUCGGCUCCCAGCCGCCCGCAGCCGCCGCCCCGUCCCGCGUCCGCCGGCAUGUCGGGGGUCAAGAAGCAGAAGACGGACAAUCAGCAGAAAUCCACCAAUGUUGUGUACCAGGCCCACCACGUGAGCAGGAACAAGAGAGGCCAGGUGGUCGGAACAAGGGGGGGAUUCCGAGGGUGCACCGUCUGGCUGACAGGUCUUUCUGGUGCGGGGAAGACAACAGUAAGCUUUGCUCUGGAGGAGUACCUGGUAUCCCACGCCAUUCCCUGCUAUUCCCUGGAUGGAGAUAAUGUGCGUCACGGCCUUAACAAGAACCUGGGCUUCUCACCUGGGGACAGAGAGGAGAAUAUCCGCCGCAUCGCUGAGGUGGCCAGGCUGUUUGCUGACGCAGGUCUCAUCUGCAUCACCAGUUUCAUUUCCCCUUUCGCAAAGGAUCGCGAGAACGCUCGAAAAAUCCACGAGUCCGCAGGGCUGCCGUUCUUUGAGAUGUUUGUGGAUGCCCCUCUCAACAUCUGUGAGAGCAGAGAUGUGAAAGGCCUGUACAAACGGGCCCGAGCUGGGGAGAUCAAAGGAUUUACAGGAAUUGACUCUGAUUAUGAGAAACCUGAAACUCCUGAACUCGUGCUGAAAACCAACUUGUCUUCAGUGAGUGACUGUGUCCAGCAGGUAGUGGAGUUCCUGCAAGAGCAGAACAUCGUACCGCACACUAUAAUCAAAGGCAUCCACGAGCUCUUUGUGCCUGAAAACAAACUUGACCAAGUUCGAGCUGAGGCUGCAGCUCUGCCUUCACUGUCGAUCACCAAGCUGGAUCUCCAGUGGGUCCAGGUUCUGAGUGAAGGCUGGGCCACCCCCCUCAAAGGUUUCAUGCGGGAGAAGGAGUUCCUGCAAGUUAUACACUUCGACACCCUGCUGGAUGGUACGGUCAGUUUUGAUGGAGUCAUCAACCUGAGCGUUCCCAUCGUCCUGCCCGUCUCUGCGGAGGACAAGACGCGGCUUGAAGGGUGCGGCGAGUUUGUGCUGACCUACUGUGGGAGGGAAGUGGCCAUCCUGCGCGACCCUGAAUUCUACGAGCACAGGAAAGAGGAACGCUGCUCUCGCGUGUGGGGGACCACCUGCCCCAAACACCCCCACAUCAGGAUGGUGAUGGAGAGUGGGGACUGGCUGGUUGGUGGUGACCUGCAGGUGCUGGAGAGAAUCAAGUGGAAUGAUGGGCUAGACCAGUAUCGUCUCACACCCCUGGAGCUCAAACAGAAAUGCAAAGAAAUGAAUGCGGAUGCCGUGUUCGCCUUCCAGCUGCGCAACCCUGUCCACAAUGGCCAUGCCCUGCUGAUGCAGGACACCCGCCGCCGGCUCCUGGACAGAGGCUACAAGCACCCAGUGCUGCUGCUCCACCCUCUGGGCGGCUGGACCAAGGACGACGACGUGCCCCUGGACUGGAGGAUGAAGCAGCACGCAGCUGUGCUGGAGGAAGGGGUCCUGGACCCCAAGUCCACCAUCGUCGCCAUCUUCCCGUCUCCCAUGCUGUACGCCGGCCCCACGGAGGUCCAGUGGCACUGCAGGUCCCGGAUGAUUGCGGGGGCCAACUUCUACAUCGUGGGGCGGGACCCGGCAGGAAUGCCCCAUCCUGAGACCAAGAAGGACCUGUAUGAAGCUACUCACGGGGGUAAGGUCUUGAGCAUGGCUCCCGGCCUCACCUCUGUGGAGAUCAUUCCCUUCCGAGUGGCUGCUUACAACAAAACCAAAAAGGCCAUGGACUUCUAUGACCCAGCAAGGCACAGCGAGUUUGACUUCAUCUCAGGAACUCGGAUGAGGAAGCUGGCCAGGGAAGGAGAGAACCCCCCCGACGGCUUCAUGGCCCCCAAAGCAUGGAAAGUCCUGACAGAUUAUUACGGGUCUCUGGAGAACAACAACUAACUGAAGUUCUCUUUCAUUCCCUUUCCUACUUUUGUGACUAGAUGCUUUGUGUUCAAGACUGAUUGUAAAGUUAGGGUUUCACGAUAUGGAAAUUGCAGAUAUGAUUUCAACUCAGCUUCAAGGUGUGAUUUUCAAUGUUGAACUGAAGACCAAAUCGUGGCAGACAAAGCAAUGUUGUUAGCAUUUCAUAGUGAAUUUCAGCUCUAGUUUCUAUUACCCCUACACAGACAGGUCCCCACUUUCUUCAACCUGCACUAGGCGUCUGCUUUAAUCGUGAGAAGGUCAAGUAUGCUUCCCAGCUCCUAUCUCACCAACCUGCCGUCUCCCAAUGUCAUAUGCCCCAGGAGUAAACAAGUCAGGUGAGCAGUGUCUUCUCCAUGAUUUAAAAAUCAUUCUAGGAGGAGUACGCUUCAUGUCGAGACUCUCGCUGGCUACCAUCUGGUCGCCUUAAAUGCUGAAGAAUGGCCUGACGGGGAACCAAUCAAAUGUAUGAAAUGUGAAUUUAAUCUCAGAGACCUGUGCGACCUAGCACUGCCACCAAUGUUCAGUUGUCUCAGACGUCGUCUUGCUCGUCUGUGAAUUCAGAUGUCUCGCUCAGACAGUGGCUUUCAGUGUCCUAGCAUCAGGGGCUCUGUUAAAAAGAGGUUUGCCCAGCCUCAAGCAGUCUGGUAGUGUUGUGGAAUGUCCAUGUGUCCCUCUUUGCUGUGGCCACUGCGUCCCAUGGUGAGGCUAUGCCGCUUGGCAGCCGCUGUGUGCAAACAUGAUUCGCAUUGUUGGUAUCAAUGCAGAAGACCUCAGAAAAUAUCAUUCCAGCUCUGUCAUCUUUCAGGGGACCGAGCCAAGAGGAUACACAAGCACAUGCUUCCUGAGCACUGUAACCACAGGGCGAAAUUGGACUGAGCAGCUUCUUGCCUUCCAGUCUGCUGCUCUGCUUGCCCCACUUAAUUGGAGAGCUCCUCUGAGUUCUUCCAGCUGCUUGACCAGCUCCUGACCUGCCAGACCGGUGCUUCCUUCCUGGAUGCUCAGAGGUCCAGAGCUUUCUAAGCCCAGAUGCUUUUGAUUGCAGAUGGAAACAACACUUUUCCCAGGAAUCCUUGUGGAGACAUCUGAUCUCUGAUGCUUCUCCUGCCUGGGAGGCGGAUCUUUUCUGCUUUAUGUAUGAGUCUCUGUUGCUGAGGAGCAUGUGAAGAAACAACACUUUCUCUACAUAAGUCUUUCUGGGAGAGACUUCCGCUGAAAAGAGAAAACUGUGAUUUUUUUCCUCCCCAUUUUUCAGAUUUUCUCAUGACAGGUUCUUCUGAGAAUAAAUGACAUACAGUGGCCAUAGCAAAGUGUAGCUGUUCCCACUAGUCCAGUGCCUAUAUUCCUUUAGUCAGAAGUACUCACUAUUGCCUUACUAAAAAAAUUAAAAGCAGUGACAGCAUAUUUAUUGAGAACACGAGAUAGUGCCUUCACAGAUCUAUUUGGUGAUUUUUAAAUAUAUUUAAAUUUCCCCAUUUGCUCUAGUAUCACAUGUAGUGCGAAUGACUAUUUUAUGAAUCACUGAUGCUUUUUCUAAUUUUAAUAAAUUUUCAAAAUGAAGCCUG